AUGUCUUCGACUUCUGCGUCACCUUCACCGUCACCCUCAUUGCAAUCAUCGCCCUCGUCGCGCCGCGCCGAAUCUCCCAGCUCUCCUGUAUCACCCGUGGGCCCCGCUGCUCAGGAUACGUAUGUCGUAUCUCCCCGUCUGGAUCCUAUCAUCGAACACGUUAUCGCAGACCAUUCCCGUCCGAUCGAGCGGUCGGGCUCCAUCAGCAGCAUCACAUUCAAGCCUUCGUCGCGGGCUGGAUCGUCAUCGCCCACUGGCCAGCCCAAAGCAACGCCUCGUUCUCGGAUUAGGGAUGCAUCUCCGCCGCCGCCAUCUAGAUUUCAGCGCCAUGUAUCCUUCGACAACUUUGCCGGCGGGGAGCCGACGGAGAAUAAUACCAUAUCGUUCACACUCAAUGUCAAGCAUAAAGGCUACCAAUUCAAAAGGCGAUCGCGGACGUUUCUAGUUGGCAUAGAUGAGCAUGAUUACUCGGAUAUCGCAUUACAAUGGCUUUUGGAGGAGCUGGUGGACGAUGGGGACGAGAUCAUCUGCCUCCGGGUGAUUGAUAGAGGUUCCAAAAUCAUUAGUGACCGGAAUUUGGAGAGAAGACAGUAUCAGACGGAGGCCAAGGAAUUGUUGCAGCGCAUACAGCAGAAAAAUGACGAUAACCGGGCCAUUAGCAUUGUUUUGGAGUUUGCGGCAGGCAAGGUUCAUGCGACUUUUCAGAAGAUGAUUCAAAUCUACGAACCCGCCAUGCUUAUUGUCGGUACCCGAGGUCGAAGUCUUGGGGGAGUUCAAGGACUUGUCAGCAACCGUAAUUCGUUUUCGAAAUGGUGCCUCCAAUACUCGCCCAUACCGGUCGUCGUGGUUCGCCCUACCGAGAAGAGGAUGAAGAAGAAAAGCAAGAGAGAUGCGGAUCCGACCCGACACGAUUACGCCCGGAUAUUGCGAGAUAGCGGAGUAGAACGGCAUGAGACCGAGACGGGUUCGGGUGUUGUGGGGUUCGACAUAUUUAAUGAACCGGAUAUAGAGGCGCAUGCUGUCGCAGCUGCCCUCGGUCUCCCGGCGGCUUUUGACCCUACGCUCAAACCAUACCAGUAUUCAGCAAGCCAUCCGUUGCAGCAAGUCGGAUCCAGCACCAGCGAUGUCACGAAUCUCCGUCUCUCUCCAGAUUCCCGCUCCGCAAGCCCGACGUCUGCCCUCAAGAGUCCAAAGUCGGUGCAGCUUGACAGUCCCGCCAUAUCCGACGAUGGGUCUAGCGAACGAGACGAAGACGAGGAUGGCGAUGGUGAUGGCGAUGGCGAUGGUGAUUUCGAGGCUGUGCCUGGGCAAACGCUUCUGGGCAACGAUGAAAAUCCGCAGGUCGAGAAGCAGAAGAAGUUACACGCAAUGGAGGUUGGCGAGGCGGCUGCUCUUCUCGCGCCAAGUGCUCGGAAAGCGAGUGUCGGCAGUGGAGAUAGCCCUUUGGCAUCGCUGGAGGGAGUUUCUGUUUCUCGUGAGGAUGACGACGAGGAUGAGAAUGAGAAUGAAUGA